CAAUUUUCCCUUCCUCCCCAUCUUCAAAACCCUAAACCCUAAAAAUCUCUUAUUUAUCCCAAUUUCUUCCUCAUUGUAGUCAGUCUCUUAAACUUCUAAAACCCUAAUUUCAUCUCCAUUUCUCUCUCCUCUCAGUAGCAAAUGGCGCCCCCAGGAAGAGGAGGUAGAGGCGGUUUUGGCGGCGGUUUUGGAGGACGUGGCGGAGGAAGAGAUGGCGGAGGUAGAGGCCGAGGUGGCGGCGGAAGAGGACUCGGGGCACGUGGCGGCAUAAUGAAACCCCGAGGUGGUGGUCGUGGUGCUGGUGGUGGUCGCGGCAGAGGUGGUGGUGGUCGCGGCGGAGGUGGCGGAAGAGGUGGUUUUAAAGGUGGCGCAAAAGUAAUAGUUGAGCCACACAGACAUAAGGGUGUGUUUAUCGCAAAGGGCAAAGAAGAUGCUCUUGUUACUAAGAAUUUGGUUCCUGGUGAAUCUGUUUACAAUGAGAAGAGAAUAUCUGUUCAGCAAGAAGAUGCAACAAAGAUUGAAUACAGAGUGUGGAACCCCUUUAGAUCAAAGUUGGCAGCUGCCAUUCUGGGUGGUGUUGACAAUAUCUGGAUUCAACCAGGUGCCAGGGUUUUGUAUCUUGGUGCUGCUUCUGGUACUACUGUAUCACAUGUUUCAGAUCUUGUUGGCCCUGAGGGUGUUGUUUACGCCGUCGAAUUUUCACACAGGAGUGGUAGGGAUUUAGUUAACAUGGCUAAGAAAAGAACUAAUGUUAUCCCCAUCAUUGAAGAUGCUAGGCAUCCAGCCAAGUACAGGAUGCUGGUUGGCAUGGUUGAUGUAAUCUUUUCUGAUGUUGCUCAGCCUGAUCAGGCUAGAAUUAUGGCACUCAAUGCCUCAUAUUUCUUAAAAGCAGGAGGUCACUUUGUUAUAUCAAUUAAGGCCAAUUGCAUUGAUUCAACAAGUCCUGCUGAGGCAGUAUUUGCUGCAGAAGUGAAGAAGCUACAGCAAGAACAAUUCAAGCCGAUGGAGCAGGUCACUCUUGAGCCAUUUGAGCGUGACCAUGCUUGUGUUGUGGGCGCUUACCGUGUGCCCAAGAAGCAGAAGAAUGCUGAGAAGUAGGACACUGUACUUUUAUCAUAAAUUCUAGUAUAGGUUGCGACUGUGGUCAACUUAUUGUAUAAGUUAGUUUUACCCAUUAAUCAUGUGAGAUACGAUGUUAGAAGUGUUUUUUUGGAUGUAGAAUUUUUCAUAUGCUAGUAUUGUUUUCUUUGUCCUCCCAUGGUUUUUGAAUGUAUCACUUGUUAUGAUGA